AUGGUUAAAGUCCUCCUCACAGGCGGAUCCGGCUUUAUCGCCGCACAUGCCGUUGAUAUCUUGCUUCAGAGAAAUCACGAUGUGGUUUUUACCGUGCGGUCAGAUGAAAAAGGUCAGAAAAUCUUGAGCAAUCAUCCUGGCACACCGUCAUCUAAAUUGAGUUACGUAAUUGUCGAGGAUAUCGCCCAGGAGGGAGCGUUUGAUGAGGCCGUCAAGUCGGAUCCUCCCUUUGAGGCAGUGCUUCACACGGCAUCACCAUUUCAUUUCAAAGUCACGGAUGUCAAAAAGGAUCUCCUCGACCCUGCCAUCAUUGGCACGACGACUCUACUGAAAGCUGUCAAGAAGAAUGCACCGUCUGUGAAGCGCGUAGCCAUCACAUCGUCGUUCGCUGCCAUCAUCAACCCUAAUGGCCACCCUAAAGUCUAUUCAGAGUCAAACUGGAAUCCUAUCACUCAGGAAGAGGCAGUAGCAAAUCCUCAGAAUGGAUACCGAGCAAGUAAGACUUUCGCAGAAAAGGCUGCAUGGGACUUCGUUGAGAAAGAGAAGCCUAACUUCGAUGUUGCAACCAUCAACCCACCGCUCGUUCUCGGUCCAGUGGUUCACUACUUGAAUUCAAUAGACAACAUCAACACUUCAAAUGAGCGUGUCGCCAACUUGAUUCAAGGCAAAUGGAAGGACGGAUUACCGUCUUCCGGCAUCUGGAUCUGGGUGGAUGUACGCGACGUGGCGCUGGCACAUGUCAAAGCGAUAGAAGUUCCAGAGGCAGGAGGUAAACGAUUCCUUCUGACUGCCGGCUAUUACUCGAACGGAGAAAUUGCAAGCGCUAUUAAGAGCAACUUUCCGGAUCUGGCAGAUAAACUCCCUCAGGAUCUGAAGAGUGACAAGCCAGACGAUGUAUACGGAAUUGAUAAUUCACGCAGCAAAGAUGUCCUGGGGAUCAAAUAUCGAAAUCUCGAAGAGAGCGUGAUUGACACAACCAAAUCACUGCUUGCAAUUGGCGCUUAA